GCAAUGAUCGGUACGAUGUCGCAGCCGGGCGAACGUGCCACCGAAAACACGACUUUGGACGACGACGUGGUAACGGAGAUCCUGCUGAGGCUGCCGUCCGCCUCCGUGUUCCGCUCCCGAGCCGUCUGCAAGGCCUGGCACCGCAUCACGACGGACCCUUCGUUCCUCGCCGCCCACGCCGACCGGCGCCCAGCCGAGCUGCUCGUCGUAUCAAGAGGGGAACCAUCUUUUCUAGAAACCAUCCCACUGUCUCUGCAAGUCGACGACUUGACGAGGCGCCGGAGCCAACUCCAUCACCCCGAGGACUGUGAGAUUGGUGUCCUGCUGGGUUGCUGCGACGGGCUCGUGCUGUUCCAGAAAUCCCCUGAAAAUUUGUUAAGCAACGAUGUCUUCUUGUGCAACCCGAUGACCAGGCAGUGGGCGAGGUUGGACGUGACGCCACCUUCUUGCCGCGGCUUGGCUAGGCUGUGCUGCUUCUAUAGGCACUGCCCAUCAGGCGAGCACCGGCUUCUCGUUCUCGCCAAUGAACCAGAACCUGGCUUGGCGGCGCACUAUGUUUACACGCUCGCCGCCGCCGCCACCUCACAACCUGAACCUCCUCGCCGCCUCGGACUUGUGGCCGACGGUGUAGUCGUAGACUUGUUCACCAAUUUCAUCCACCACUACGCCGACCACAGGGGAAAAAUUCACUGGACGGUCCAUCCUCUGGCCAGUAGCACCGAGAAGAUCCUAGCGUUCGACACGGUGUCUGAGGAUUUCCGGCUGAUAUCGCGCCCACCGUGGCCGAGGGAUCAUUACCACGACGAAGAUCUCUGCCUCAUGGAGUUGGACGGUAGGCUAGCCGUGACGGCCCCUGAACUCCAUGGAGAUUCCAUGGAACUUUGGGUACUGGUGGACUAUGACGACGACCAGAGCUGGUCACGCCGUUUCCGGAUCGUCCUGCCGCCGCUGUUCUAUCCACAUUGGUGGACGGGCACCGGCGUCCCCAACGUCGUUUUCGUAGCAAGCUACACACAUAAUUUCAAGGCGCUGUACCAUCUUACCGAGAAGAGGAUCGUAAAUCAGAUAGAGUAUAUCAAUGGCACAUGGGGUUACUGCUACCUCUUCAAGGAUAGCCUUGUGCCGCACUCCUUCUUGAAUCCUUAUUAAGUUUCCGAGUGAAAUUCACGCGACGAAUCGGUGUACUCAACUCACACAGAUGUAAUUUGCCUUCAAUUAUGCUCGAUCAACAUGCAUGUACUUUGCCUUCAUUUUCACACUCUCCCAGUAUAUAGAUGAUCAGGUAUACUAGUACGUAUCAAUGAGGUACACUUCGUAUCUCCUCAUAGUACGUUGGAAUCUUUUCAUCUUCAUUUGAAUUACCUACAUCUGUUUGCAAAUGUACUUUUU